AACACUUGACGUCAUUUGUAUCUGGCUGGCCCGGCGUCCAAUGGGAGGAGCCGAAAACAAAAUACAGUGCUUGUAGCUCGCUAAACUCGGAACGCCAUCUUGAAGGCAAAGGGCUGUUUAAAGCGACACAAAUCAGGAAAACUGGUCAACAGGACUUCCGGCGUUUGUUUUUUUUCUCUCCUACGAACCUUCGAGGGGUUCUGAGAAACGUGCAAGUCAUGGCUCGGAGUUGUUAUGCUGCACAUUAGAGACGUACCAGUGAGGACUUCGCUGCGGUGCUAGUUAGCUUCUAGCUCGGGGGAGGAGGAGCGGGGGAUCGGGUCCAUUUUUUUUCUCCCCCCCCCCCCCCCCCCCCCAAAAAAAAAAGUAGUUUGUUUAUGUUGUUCCACACGGACAUGUCAUCUUCAAACCAAGAUUUAGCAGACCCAGAUCUGGGUAUGGGGGCAAGUGGGACCCAAGCAAGUGGUGGGGCUGUCGUACCAAAAGGAAGCAACAAGAGACGAGCGGCCUCUGAUUUUGAUGAUGACGAAGGAAAUAAGUUGUUCAGGUGUGAUGAUGAUACAGGAGGCUCCAACGACAAAGAGCGCUUCGCUAGGGAGAACCACAGCGAGAUAGAGCGGCGGAGGCGGAACAAGAUGACAGCCUACAUCACGGAGCUGUCAGACAUGGUGCCCACGUGCAGUGCGCUGGCACGGAAGCCCGACAAACUCACCAUCCUGCGAAUGGCCGUGUCACACAUGAAGUCUCUUAGAGGGAGUGGAAACACCAACCCAGACGGUUCUUACAAGCCUUCCUUUCUCACCGACCAGGAGCUGAAGCACCUCAUCCUGGAAGCAGCCGAUGGAUUUCUGUUUGUGGUGUCGUGCGAGACUGGUCGCAUCGUUUAUGUCUCAGACUCUCUGACGCCCGUCCUGAACCAGUCACAGUCCGACUGGCUGGGCUCGUCCCUCUACGACCAGCUUCACCCCGAUGACACGGAGAAGCUGAGGGAGCAGCUGUCUACGGCGGAGAAUAACAACACAGGGAGGAUGUUGGACUUGAAAACAGGAACAGUGAAGAAGGAGAGCCAGCAGUCCUCCGCCCGGAUGACAAUGGGAGCCCGGCGAUCAUUCAUAUGUAGAAUGAGAUGUGGCUCUUGUCCAGUGGAACCCAUGUCCAUGAACAGACUACACUUCCUUAGGAAUAGAAACAGGAAUGGUUUGGGUGUAGCAAAGGAAGGCGAGCCUCAGUAUGUGGUGGUUCACUGUACAGGAUACAUAAAGUCCUGGCCGCCUGCAGGAGUGUCCUUAUCAGACAAUGAAGCGGACAACCCUCAGGGGAGUCACUACUGUCUUGUUGCCAUCGGCAGAUUGCAGGUGACCUGCUGUCCAGGUGACACAGACGUAAACAGCAUCAGCGUUCCAGUGGAGUUCAUCUCGCGCCAUAACUGCCAGGGCAUAUUUACAUUUGUUGACCACCGCUGUGUGGCGGCUGUCAGCUACCAGCCUCAGGAACUGUUAGGGAAGAAUAUUCUAGAACUCGCCCAUCCAGAAGACCAGGGCUUACUCCGGGACAGCUUCCAACAGGUGAUGAAACUGAAGGGUCAAGUCCUUUCCGUGAUGUUCAGGUUCCGCUCUAAAUCGAGAGAUUGGAUUUGGAUGAGAACCAGCUCCUUCACUUUCCAGAAUCCGUUUUCCGAGGAGAUUGAAUAUAUCAUCUGCACAAAUGUCAACGUCAAGGGUGGUAAUAGAAACACGACCCCGGACCCCCUCACUCCCAUCAGUUCCCCAGGGGUUUUGCUGCCCCCCUCCCUGGUUCAGAGAAGCUCAAACAGUCCCCCAGUGGUUCUUAGCCCAGGGAAGGUAGCUACCAGGCAAUUGCAGCAGCAACAGCAGCAGGCUGAGCUCAAAGGGGGCGCUACAAGAGAAGACCUAUACGAGGCAGGACCCAUCACACUUGCGCAGAUGCCGGUGCAGCCAGUGACGUCCGCUGGGCCGGACCACACCAAGAGCCUGGACAAGCCAGACCUGUACCCCUCCCUUUUCCAAGGCCCCAGUCAGACAAAGGGCGUGGCCUCCACCUCAACGCCCUUAGCCCAAAUCUACCCCACUGUCAACAACUUCAACGCCAGUCGCUCCAGUGACCCAUACAACAGACCAGUCAGUAUGGCGCCGCAGAUGGCACAGCCAGCCAACUCAGCAGGGCAGAUGCUGGCCCAGAUGUCCCGCCAGAAUGGAGCCCAGCAGCCCGUCACCCCCUCCAACACCAGCAGCCCCCUCCAUGGAGGACCGGCAGGAGGAUGGCCCGGAGCAGGUGCCGGAACACAAUUCAGUAAUCAGCAGCAGAUGGCUCCCCAAGCAGCAAAGACCAUGUCUCCACCGUUUGCUUCCAUGGGUGGAUUUGGAGGCGGCUCUUCUAGUUCUUUUGGCCAGAUGCCCACCGGUGCUGCUCCCAGCCAGACCAGUAGCGCAAACUACCCACAAAUCAACGCGCGAGUCAGCAUCAACACAAACGGUUAUGAUGGUUCUCAGUCGCAGUUCCCCUCCCGGGCAACGGAGGCAGUGUGGCCCCAGUGGCAGGGCCAGCAGCACUCACAGAGCAACGCAGAGCAGCACCCACACGCACAAGGCAACCAGCAAGACAUGUUUACUGAUGUGUUGUCCAUGCUGGACCAGCCCACCAACUUCAACAGCGAUGACUUUGAUAUUCCAAUGUAUCCCUCAUUUAACGAGUGACUGCAGGUCUACAGCCCCCCAUUCGCCCUCCCCAACACACAAACACUUUUGAUUUGUUUUGUUGUUUCACUCAUCCAGCUCUCCUGCUCGUGCUGUAUUAGCUUUUUUUUUUUUUUUUUUUGCUUGACUUGCAUCGCACUUCUCCUAACUGCAGGUAAGGAGAUGAGCAGGGAAAGAAAAUCAAGGGAUGGCAGCCAUUUUCUCUACAAAAAACCCUUUGGCAAUCAUGCACAGGAAGUGAAUAUAUUCUCACACAAUCACACACGAUGGCCUUUUGUUCUUGUAUGUUCCUGAUUCUUCUCAGGCAUUUGAACUACUAGCAUACACACUUAAUCGAUCCAAUCUUUAUUAUUAUUAUUUUUUUUAUAACGCUCAGGAAAUGGCAAGGGUGUGUUUGGUUUGUUUUUGUGUUUUGUUAUUUUCUCUACGCACACAUGAGCACAAGGUCUGUUUGUGCUUUCCAUACUGACAUUUUUAAAUCCAUGCCAUGCCAUGCCUCUGCAUGCCAGCACUGCUUUCAUGGAGUGCUUCUACAUCAUGUUGAUUCAUACUCAACACGGUUUUCUACAUGCCUUCACCUACACAUUCUUGCUGUUUUUCUUGGGGCAGAAUAAUGUAUUUUUGUUAAUCAUUUGCAGUGAAACCUCUAAAGUCAACCACCAUCCAUUCAGUGAUGCUGAUGGACUUCCAAUUACCAUAAUAUUCAUUCUAUUGAGCGCAUUGGUGUAUAAGCUGCACCCACUAAGUUAGCAUAGCAUUAACUAAAUACAGUUUAUUGAUAAAUCGGUAUCCAAUCUAUUAGUUUUGGGUCUACACCCUUGGUGCAUACUAUAUGUAUCAAAUGCGUAUGUGUGUAUAAUAAAUAUCAUGAUCCGUUUCAAAAGUCUGUUUCAGAUGUGCUUGGUAUUCUCUUCUGUUGCCCUGCAUUACUCUGCAUUACUCUGUACUACGUAUGGGCACUUUGUAUUCCUUUUGUUUCAAAAAUAAAAAUAAACUCUGAAAAAAGACAUCACACAGCAAUAAUUAACACAGACAUAACAGAAUUGUGUACUUUUAAAGUUCUUUAUUUGUGUCCUAACUGUGGUCCUGGAAUGGAGAUGUGGAAUAGUCAUUUUGGGGUUCGUCAUUUGUGAUUUGACGGACUUCUGAUUGGUUCAUUGGUAUUUGCUGUAGUGGUUUAAUCAGGCUAUUUAGAAUGCAACUGGGGGGGGAGGUAAAAAAACAACUAUUAUUAUUGUUUUUGUGUUUGAGACAAACAUUAACACCCUUAUGACGCUGUAUGUAAAGCCUUUCUUUUUCAAGGAGCUUUCUGACUGUCUUUUGUCUUUUUGGUCGUUCUGUGUGCAGGGGUUUUUCCUAAUGAUGUGAAAUGUUAUCACUCAUAGAGUCACAAAUAUAUAAAUAAUUCUGUAAAUGUCUAUGAAAUGUUCAACACAAACAAAGUUUGUUUUUUUAUUAAAUUUAUAUAUUGAAA